UCGUCUUUCAUUUGAAUAUUAAGAUAAAUAUAACCGGAAUUCGAAAUAGUUUUACGCAAAGAAGGCUCCUGAAAAUUUCCUAACUAUGGAGGAUGUGAAGAAAACAAAACCUGUUAAGGAAAAGAAGAAGAAAUCGCAAGGUCCAAAGAAGGACAGAAAAUCUGCAGAAACACAGCAACAGCAGCAGAGUGGAGCUGGAUUUGCCUCACAGUUUUUCGCCCAAUCGACACAACUACAACAGCAAGAAGGGAUUGUUCUAGGGGACAAUCACAGUGGCUUUGUGGAACGAAUGGCUGCCCAACAUCUUUCUUCAAGUGCUCCAUUCACAACUACACAGCAUGGUACCAGCCUUAACUCUGCUCCGAGCUCCCUCAGAACUCCUACCAACUUGCCCCCUAAGAAGAGCAUCUCACCAUCAAGGAUGGCUGCACUCACAGAACAUCAAGGUCAAAGUCAACGUCAUCUACAUCUAGGUCUAGGUCAAGGCCGACCAUGGCAAUAUCAUUUCACAGGUGUUUUAUUUAUAGCAAAUAGGCAUGGUAGAAAAAGGCUUGCUAGCCGGCUUGGUUUGACUGCCUGUGAUGUAAGGAAACAUCCCCUAUGCUUGCAGGCUUUAUGUGGAGUUCCAGCAGGCUUUCAGAGUCCAGUAUCUUCAUCUGGUACAGCUGCUGAGCUUGCCGCCCACUUAACAUCAAAACAUCCUACAGGUAGUACCAGUAGGUCAGAGGGAUCAGACCAAGAACAAGGGGGGUUACUCCGUCAACAGCUCCUGCAGCAGAAGAUGACCCUUCCAUCUGAACUGUUGAGUCAACCUGAGAGAAAGUUCAGUCCCUACCAACCAUCACAAGCUAUGUCGAUAGGGACUGCAGAUAGAGGAAAGGAGAGCCUUUCGCCUCAAAAUAUCAGAUACCACCGGGAGGAUCUUGGAAGGACCCAAGCUCCUCCUAAUGUGCAGCUGCCAACGUUUGGGUCAAAAACUGAGACUGGACGGAUUUUAGGGGGUCAUCAUAGCAGAGCUUUAGGACUUGAGGAGAAAAUCAACUUCCCUCAACACUUUGAUUCUGGUCCUGGACCUGGAAAAAUUCAGCUGCAGAGAAUUGUGAUACCAACAACAAGAGAAGAGGUCCGUCGUGCUGUGUCCCCAGCAAAGAGGGAAACUCUGCCACAACCCGCACAUUUAGGUGAACAAACAGCGCACCAAGUGUCAACCAUUCAAAGAACACCUUCACCUGCUCAUGUGGAGAGGCGCUCGCCAGCACCUUCUUUUGGCAGGUCACAAGAACAGGUAGAGAAAACACAACCAGUCAAUUUGUCUAUUCCAGAGUUGCACAAGAAACAAAGUAGUGGAGUGAGCAAGAAGCAAAGCAGCAAAGCAGUCUUGUCAUCAUUGUAUGCUAUACAAGCCCAGGGGAAGACAGGAUCUCCUAGCCAUGUUGUGUAUCACCCAGCCAAGACAGAACAACAAGACUACACAAUCAAGGCUCCUGAAUUAAACUUCAGCAAAUUAAGUCGAAGUGAGGGAGGCUCCAUUUCCAUUCCAAGUCAGAUUUUGAAUACUGCCCAAUCAGGAGGUCAGCUACAGAGUCAGAUUCUCAACACUGUCCAAUCAGGAGGACCAUUACAAAGUCAGAUUAUCAACUCUGUCCAACCUGGAGGACCGUUACAAAGUCAAAUUCUGAACACUGUACAGUCAGGAGGACAGUUACAGGGUCAACUUCUCAACUCUGCCCAACCAGGAGGACAGUUGCAGAAUGAGAUUCUUCGCCAGACUUUACUACAGGGAGUUUCCAAUGCACAGAUGCAUUCAAUGAAUCAAGCAAUACUUUCAGCUCAACGGGCACGAAGGAGGAGGCAAAGUCACAUGAUCAGGGACCAAUCAUGUACAAGUUUGAGGCAUGGGUCUAGAAAAACUGUCAGCCCCACUCCAAGCUCCCAGGGAUCAAGCAGAAGGGCACCUUCUCCUCAUCAACAUCGUUAUUCAUCAUUAUCAGGGAGUAUAGAAUUAAAACAUUCUAGUCCAGCACCUGCUUCCACCUCACAUUUGACAUCGGCUUCACAGUUAGUUUCCACCACAGCUACACAACAACAAAUGAGGUAUAUAAUACCCUCACCCAAAAUGUCCACAGCUGGUGCUCAUGAAGGUGUACCAGCAGAAGGAUUUAGACACAAAGUGCCAUCGCCAAAACCUCAACAUCGGCAUAAGGAGCAACUAGCAGCUUUGCAUCAGACAUAUGCUGCUAAAGGUGCUAAUUCCCAAUCUUCCUCACAGUCAUCCGUAACUGGACAAUCGUCAGUACACGCCUCUCACACAUCUUCUGUACAGUCAUCUCACAUGUCUUCUAUACAGUCCAUGCUUCCAUCAACAGUACCAACAUCAAUCAGUUUACCACACAACUCUGGCCAGAUUCGUCAGCCAGUGGUGAGUUUAGUCAGACUACCUGAUAGCCACACCAAACAAGAAGAGAAAAGAAUUGUUCCUCAAUACUCAGUAAUACAAACAUCUCAGGACACUGGAACCAGGGUUGAUGUUCCCCAGUCUGAUAAAAUAUCUAUUGCAGAUAUAUUUGAACCUGCUAAGAAACAGGAACAACCCCAGAAACCAACAGUGCAGCACACUAAGCAAGUCAAUCCAUUCACAUUUCCGGCAAAGGCACAUGCCAAGCUUUUCCCCUACCACCAUCUUACAAUGGAGAACAGGGAUGACCUUCCAUUGGUGAACCAGAAGAGAAUAACUCCAUCCCCAAAGGAACCGCUUAUUGCUGAUGCUGCUGAUGACAUGCCAAAGCUGCUCCCAGUUUCACCUGUCAACUCUCGAGAGAAUGACGAAAGCAGACAUAAGGAGAAUAAGAAUGUUGACAUGGAAGAAUUAACUCCCAUUCCCAAUCCAUUCAACAUGAGGUUACAGAAUCUUGCAAAUCUGCCCACCACCUCCAUAUAUCGUUCCUCCUACAGGGCGCACUCAGUCGCUGUACAAAGAGCCAAGUCCGGUUGUAUAGUGAGUGCUGCCAAGUCUCUGGAUUUACUGCGACAAAAUCUACAGAGAUUUAUCAACAAGGAGAUCGAUGUCAUCAUACAACAAUAUGUUGAGAAAUUUUUCAAGCCAGGUAUUGAAAACAUCAAAGAGAACAGUGGAAGUGUAGCUGUUAGUGAGGAACACAUACAGGCAGUGUGUCGACAGAUGCUGGAGGAGGCUAAAAAGAUGUACCUGUCAGACCAGGGUCGUUGUAGUGUAACUCCUACACGAGACAUCCCUGACAAUGUGUCUGAAAAUGGCAGCACUGGCAGUCGCAGUAGAGUACCAUUUGGUAGAAAGAGGAAACCGUCGGACACAGAUUCAGAAAAAGGAAAUGCUAUUCCAAGACGGAAAAAGGGAAGACCUCCCCUUGUAUCUGGUCGUUCCACUCCUUCUAAACUGAAGAACAACGAUCCAGUAAAAAGAGAAGGUCCGAAGUGGGACCAGGAAAGGCUGAAUAUCAACUCCUUAUUUAUAAUGGGAGCUCGGGCAAACAAAGCACUAGGUCUUGGAGCCACAAGAGGAAGGAUCUACAUCAAACACCCAGAUCUCUUCAAGUUUUCUGGAGACCAAGAUGACAAACAGUGGUUGUAUGAAAACCACCACAUGCCGGCCACUGGGGGCAAGGCUUACAUGUUACUACUGGAGGACGUCAAGGAGCUGGCAGAGGAUGACGAAUACAGAGACAAUGGUAACCAAAUACCACAAGAACUCAUUGGCUUUACCAUACCAGAGUGGAUGUUGGAGAAGGUUAAAGCACAGAUGAUGGCUGGUAGAACAGACAGUGCGAAGAAGAUGGGUAGAAGUAGAUCAACUACACCUAACGAAAUACCAGCAUCAGCAUUACAGGAUGAUGAUGAUGAUCUGAAACAUUUGCCUUUCUCCAGCUUCAGUAGCAGAAAGAACAAAGAUGACAUGCAGAACUCCCCUUCGGGUGACACAGAAAUGGAGUUUCUGACUGGAGCAGACAACGAUGACCAGGCAUUUACCAGAAUGUCACCUUUUACAUUGACUGGCGGGUUUGAUGAACCCUCCCCGUCACCUUCAGACCUGGACACACUUGAAGAUGAGACCCCUCUGAGUGCUCCUUUUGAUCUAACAAACUGAGUUGUACACUUAAACCUGACUUAAGUUGCCUCAGGUGUUAGAUGGUGGCACAUUUAUAUAUAUAUAUAGAGGUGAUAAGUAAGUUGAAGGACUGUAAUAGAUGUUGAUAUACCGAUGUUUCAUACCCUUAAUAAGCAUAUCCAUGAUUUCUCUAGUAUGUGAUUUCCUUGUCUCACUUUAGGGCAAGAAAAAAUACAUUAACAAUGAAAGCAGUUGAAUAUUCAAUUUUUAAAAUGAGAUGAAUUCACAGAUUAGCAUAUUUAUAUUUCAUUCUUAACAACAUGUUUUUUUUUUUCCAAUAUAAUAAGCCUUUGAAUGAAAUAUGGAAGUACCAGUUAAAAAUGUUUAUAUGAUAUUUCAAUGAUGAUUCUCAGUGACAUCCAUUAGACAGAUUACUGUACACUGAAAUGUAAAGUGCACAAAGUAACAAUCAAAUCAUUUCAACGACAUAUCAAUCAUGUGUAUAUUUAGUUGUAAAUGUUUAAAAUGAUAUAUUAAUGUUGAUUUUUUUCUGUGCUCUUAUUAGGAUUCAUCCAAUUAAGAACCCUGUAUCUUUGAGAGUCAUACACUGUGUCGAUACAGUGUGAUUCUCUCAAAGAAAUAUGAUCAAUUUUAAGGUUCUGAAACAAUUGACAAGUAUGAGAUUUGGCUGCUGACUGAUAACUGGCAGGGCGGCUGUGACAACAAAGGUUUUGUUACUCCAGUUGUAUUUUGUCUGACAAAUUUGUAAAUAUGAGAAAUCUAAUUCACUUUAUACAAUGUACAUGUAUAUCUAUACCAUCAUUGAAGAGAUGUAAAACCUUCAACACUCAAAGUUGGUCAAUUUUAUCAUUUCCUGGUAUCAGUGCUGGUAAUAUGAUGUGACGUUUCAUUGAUAGUCUUACAGAAGAUGAACAUGGUCACAAAAGUGGAGAACCAUGUGAAUUACUAUAAACAGGUUUCUUUAUCGUCCGAUAAUGUUUAUGAUAUCAGAAAUAAAACAAAAUAACUGUGAUUCACUAUCACAAACUCUGAACCACCAUUGCACAAUUGGAAGUCGGGAUCUUCUGUGACAGGUGAGAUUGCUAUAGAGUAUUUAAGGGUAAUGAAUCGGUAAUGAUCUGAACGAAUUUUGACACGAUAUUAACAGCAAAUGCUGUAACAAGCACCAACAAAUAUACCAUGACUUCUGAGUUUCUUAAGUAUCUCAUGUUCUUGUUUGGUAUCAAUCAGAAUGUUGGUCAUGGUCAUUUAAAAGCUUGCAUGACUGUCUGUACAAAUGUUCCAGUCAUUGAAUUUAAAAAUACUAACAAUCUUCACCUGAGAGUUAUAUUACCAGGCACAUACUCAACAGAAUCCAAUACUCAAGAAUAUAAAUCAAUCUCAACAUUGGAUUUAACAAUAGAUUUACAAGAUACACUACAGCUGUAUGUAAUGUAGAUUCAGGAUAAGCUGCACUGUCUAUGUUAAAAUUCAGGGCAAUUUUCGUGAGUUUGGUUUGGUUCUGGAAUUCACGAAAGUAAGUCAUGCACAAAAGAAAGUCGUUUUACUGUCAGCAGUUUUCUGUCCUGACUUUCUAACUAAUUGAUCAACAGAUAACUUAAAUAUAUAAAUAUUUCUGGUUUCAAAGAAACUUGAUAUGGGAAAUAUUUACGAUGUUUUACAUACAUGUUGUUACUGUGUGAGAAAUACUUACUCUUUCUAUUACAUUUGCGAACUUAGGUCCUAAUAGAGGAUAAAUAUGAGGUUUUCAAUGUCUGUUGCUCAGUUUUACAGUCACAUACUAAAAGAUUUGCCAGAAAUCUCAGAGAACUGAAUUUCUCGCUUUAAAAUUUUUUUUUGCUGUUUCAGGUUUAAUAGUGUAAAUUGUAUUCUAAUGAUUUAAUUCCACAGUGCCAAAAUGUUACGUGGUGUGGUAAGAAAAAUUUACAUGUUAACAAAACUUUCAAGGCAACAAAGAAAUUACCAAUUUAUAUUAUACUGUUUUAUAAAUAUCAGUACAUGCCUAUGUUUGAUAAUAAGUUACUAAUUCAAGAAGAGUGCUCCGACUGAAAGUGUAAUUGUUGUAGUCCCUAUACAGACAUCGUGGUAAUUGUUGAAUAUAUGUGUUUAACGUUCAUAUUGUAUAGAAAUUCAGUCAUUACAAGUUAACAAUUUUGUGACUUUUUAAAAGUGCUUUCAUGUCUGUAUUGUAUGUAUUUUUCCUACCCAGUAUUUACAAUUUACUGUGUUUCCUGUCUACGUUUGUUAUAUUAGAUGGUAGUUUGCUAUAUUAGGUAGUACCUGAAGGUCCUGGACAUAUUUUGUUAACCAUUCCUUACAUAAAUAGUUUUUUUCAUAUGGAAACAAGUUGAUAACAAAGUUGAUAAGAAAAAAUAUUAAGAGAAAUUUCCUUUAAAUUUUCUAUGGAGAAGAUAAAAGUUAAGAAGUUAUGAUAAAGAGGGUUUGUGAAAAUGUUUGAUAUCUCUUUCCUGUACAUGUAUAGACCAGAGAGCCCUGCUAAUCCUCCAAUAUUAGUGUGCUGUGAGAAUUGUCCAGGAAUCAUGAUCUGUAUGUAGACUGUUAAAAGUGCAUUCUGAAUGUAUUAACGACAGAAUAUGCGCCAGUCUUCCAUACUUGACUCUAAAUGUUACUUACUUCUACAAUUGCUAGUUUGUUGUGUAUAUGGUGAUAAUCACAGGAUGGAGGAAGUGCUAAAAUGAUGUUCCUAAGACUUCUGUUCAAAUGUUUACAUUUGUUGAAACAGCUUUUCAGGCGUUUUGAACAUUCUAAAAUUGUAUCUUCAUGUUCAAUCUGGAGACUGAUUAUUUCAUGAUUUUAUCUUCCUCUUUUGGAUUUCAGCCUGAUUUUUAGAUUUUAUCUUCCUUUUUUGGUCUUGAGACGGAUUAUUUCAUGAUUUUAUCUUCCUGUUGUGUCGCCUGCAGAGCUGGUGGACACUUAGGGAUUACUUUGUCCGUCGUCACGCAUCGUCGCCAUCCGUAUGAAAGUUUUCUGGACUUUUUUGGGUAAUGCUUUGAGUUAUCAAAAUGAAAUUUGGCAUAUGGCUUUUCGUUGCAAGGGUAGAGAUUAAGUUUGAUUCCCGGCUGUCUAUGACCCUUUUUGGCAGAGUUAUGCCCCUUUCAACUUAGAAAAUUUCCUAGGAAUAUUGUUUUCCCGACUUUUUGGCUUAUGCUUUGAGUUAUUGAAAUGAAAUUUGGUAUAUGGCUUUUUGUUGCAAGGGUACAGAUUAACUUUGAUUCCUGGCUGUCUGUGACCCUUCUUGGCUGAGUUAUGCACCUUUGAACUUGUAAAAUUUCUCAGGAAUAUUGCUUUGCGCAGUUUUUCCCUUUAUGCUUCAAGUUAUAGAAAUGAAAUUUGGUAUUAUAACUUUAUGGUUGAUCGUUGCACAGCCAGAUCAAUUUUGGGUGACCGUGACACUUUAUGCAGGCGGCACAUACAUUUCUGAGGAACUCUUGUUUUGGUCUUAAGACUGAUUAUUUUAAGAUUUUAUCUUCCUGUUUUGGUCUUGAGACUGAUCAUUUUUAGAUUUUAUCUUCAUUUUUUGGACAUGAGACUGGUUAUGUUAAGAUUUUAUCUUCCUGUUUUCGUCUCAAGACUGAUCAUUUUUAGAUUUUAUCUUCCUUCUAUAGGCUAAUUAUGUUAAGAUGUUAUAUCCUGUUUUUGUCUUGAGACGGAUUAUUUUAAGAUUUAUCUUCAUUUUUUAGACUGAAUAUGUUAAGAUUUUAUCUUGUUUUGGUCGGGAAACAAAGGCAAAAUAGUUGAUGUUGACAUGAGACCUUCUCACCUGAUCUUCAGAUGAGCCUGGUCACUACACAAUGGGGCUAAAUGUAGACAUGUUUCCCACUUCACCUCAUUUCAAUAAAUUGCUGGUUUUAAAAUUUAGAUACAAAUCCCCAGUGUUUGAAGAGUAGUUUUAUUAUUAAAUUCAUAUUCAUUUAUUUUUCUUUUCCAUCCAAAGUGAUUUUUAAAAGAAAAUUAGCUCUAAAAUUUGACACAUAUUGGUAUAUUUUGUAGAUUAAUUCAAUGUCUCAUCACGAAGAUCAGUUACAAAAGUAUCCUUGUGCAUCUUUAUGUCUAAUACUGGGUAUAGCAGACUACAGAAAGGAAAUUAUUGUACAGUGUCAUUAUAUCCCAGGUACAUGAAGAUGUUACAGAUACAAUUUUUAUUCAUGAUAAUUAAGAAAUAACUUUUUCAGUUACGAUCCUUUGUAAAAAUCAUAAAACAUUGUUAUGAAGAGAAACAGGUGUCUAAGACACCAGUGUGUGUCUGGCAGCAUUGUGUUGUUAAUUCUGAUGUGUGUUUUAUUGCCAAAGCAAAACAAUUUAUCAUGUAGAUUUUUUAAAGUAUGUUGCACCAUAUUACAAAAUGUGUACAGAGACAUUAAUCUUAAUACUGUUAUAUUUUAUAGAAUAAUUUGUUUUCUAAAUGGAAUAAAUUGAAAUUGAUAUAAACAUGAAUUUUAUAGAAUGUUCUCCAAAUUACCUUUAUAUUAAUAUUUUUUUUAUUUAA